GGAAACUUCUGUGCUACAAACACCUAUUUACUCCUCUUCAUAGACUGUUUGAGUGGAUCUCCAGCAAGUGAGACAGGGGAAAUUCACUUCCAGCACAUGUACGAUCAGCACUGGUGCCCCCCAGGGAUGUGUGCUCUCCCCACUACUCUUCUCCCUGUAUACCAAUGACUGCCAAGGACCCCUCUGUCAAGUUCCUGAAGUUUGCAGAUGACACUACUGUCAUCAGCCUCAUCCAAGAUAAGGAUGAGUCUGUAUCCAGAAGGGAGGUUGAAUGGCAGGCUCACUGGUGCGGUCAAAACAACCUGCAGCUGAACACUCUUAAAACAGUGGAGAUGAUAGUGGACUUUAGGAGGAACACCACAGCAUUAACCCCGCUCACCAUUCUAAACAGCAAUGUGGCAGCAGUGGAGUCAUUCAGGUUCCUGGGCACUACCAUCUCACAGGACCUUAAGUGGCAGACCCACAUUGACUCCAUUGUAAAAAAGGCCCAGCAGAGGUUGUACUUCCUUCACCAGCAGAGGAAGUUCAACCUGCCACAUGCGCUGCUGAUACAGUUCUACUCAGCAGUCAUUGUGUCUGUCCUCUGCACUUCAAUAACUGUCUGGUUGGGUUCAGCUACUAAAUUGGACAUCAGAAGACUACAAAGGACAGUUUGGACUGCUGAGAGGAUUAUUGGUUGCCCCCUGCCCUCCCUUCAAGAACUGUACACUUCCAGAGUGAGGAAAAGGGCUGGAAAAAUCACUCUGGACCCCACUCACCCUGCCCACUACCGUUCUGAACAGUUGCCUUCUGGACGGUGCUACAGAGCUCUGAGCACUAGAACCAUCAGGCACAGGAACAGUUUUUUUCCCUCAGGCUAUCCAUCUCAUGAACAGUUAAAUCUGCCCCAUUGAGCAAUAAUUAUGUGCAAUUCACAGCUUAGUCUAUUUAUAUUUAUCCAACAUGCCCUACCUCUUCUGCCAUACAUUCCCUUGCAUCUGUAUAUAACAGAUUUGUAUUUGUACAUACGUGUUAUAUAUAUAUAUAACACACACUGGUGGCCAAAAGUUUGGAAUAAUGUACAGAUUUUGCUGUUUUGGAAGGAAAUUGGUACUUUAAUUCACCAAAGUGUCAUUCAACUGAUCACAAAGUAUAGUCAGGACAUUGCUGAUGUAAAAAACAGCACCAUCACUAUUUGAAAAAAGUCAUUUUUUAUCAAAUCUAGACAUGCCACAUUUCCAGCAGCCAUCACUCCAACACCUUAUCCUUGAGUAAUCAUGCUAAAUGGCUAAUUUGGUACUAGAAAAUCACUUGCCAUUAUAUCAAACACAGCUGAAAGCUAUUUAGUUCGUUAAAUGAAGCUUAACGUUGUCUUUGUGUUUGUUUUUGAGUUGCCACAGUAUGCAAUAGACUGGCAUGUCUUAAGGUUAAUAUUAGGUCAAAAAUGGCAAAAAAAGAAAAAGCUUUCUCUAGAAACUCAUAAGUCAAUCAUUGUUUUGAGGAAUGAAGGCUAUACAAUAAUUGAAAUUGCCAAAAAACCUGAAGAUUUCAUACAAAGUUGUACACUACAGUCUUCAAAGACAAAGGACAACUGGCUCUAACAAGGAUAGAAAGAGAUGUGGAAGAGAUGUACAACUAAACAAGAGGAUAAGUACAUCAGAGUCUCUAGUU